CGAUGGGCAUAUUUGCAAGAAGGGCCUGGUUUCCCGGGAUGGAGUAGGAGGGCACCCUUGCCCUCUCCUUGCCGCUUUCUGGGCUUCGAUCUCCUUCCUGACCCGAUCUGGUUGGCAGGGUGGGAGUGGGCACUGGGCAGCCUCGGGGGGAGGGGCUGAGUCGUGUGUGUGUGCCGGUGCUGGUUUCCCCUUUUCUCACCUCCUCUGAGGGUCUGUUUCUCUCCUGUGCCCGGCCCGCUUUCCCUUGGGCAAGGCGUGGGUUCGCUCGUUUCCUCCGGCUCCCCAUUCCGUGAGCGUCCGUGGGAGAGAAGAAAGAGAGGGGGGACGGUCCUGGCCCUUCUCCUCUCGGGGCGAGCGAUGGGGGCCCAUCGAGGCCUGCCGUCGAUGCUGCUGCUGAUGACGAUGCCGGCCUGGAUCGACUGUCAGCGAGGUCCAGCAGGUGAUCAUCAUCUGGAAAUGGCGUCAUUUCCAUGGGCCGGUGAUCUUCAACUCCUCCAUGAACAAGCAGAACCGCUACUCUCUGGUCGGGAACCCCAAGAAUCACACCGGGUCCCUGCAGAUCAGGAACCUGAAGAAGGCAGAUGGGACCAGGUACUUCUGCCGGAUCUCGAUUCGAGCCCUGAGGAAGUCGGAAGAGUGGCAGAACAUCACGGGGACGCUGCUCACCGUGACGGAGUGGGUGCCCAGCACGACCACGAUAACCUCGAAGCCGGGGACCACGAGGACCACCGAGGCCCUACAGGAGACCGCAGGCCCACUUAUAGGGCCGGUGGUCGGAGGGAGCCUGGGGGGUCUCAUCCUGAUGAUCGCCGUCCCGGUGCUGAUCGCCUGUCUCAUCCGGAGAAGGGCAGGGAAGCGAAAGAAAGAGGAUCUCAAAGCCGAGUCAGUAGCUCUCUUCCCCGGGGAGGGGCGGCGGUCCCACCAGAGACGUGGGGUGCCCCUCGCCGACACCCAUCGAUGAAUGGUAUUUCUUCCAGGGGAUCCCCCAAGGAGUCCGAGGCAGACUACGCCGAAGUAGGGCAGAAUCAACAUUCCGUCAACUGCAAGCCGGACCUCGAGGACAGAGGCCUGGUCUACGCUUCCCUCACCCUCUCGGACCCUGCGUCCCGCAAGUCACCCGGGAACUCCCCUUUCCCCGACCCCCGGGAGCCCGAGAUGCUGUACACGGCCGUGCGGGGCCAAGUGAGGGGUCCGCGGGCCGCCGACCCUCUGCAGUGACUCCCUCCGAGCCCCCCGGCCCGCCCCCGCCUCGGGGCCCGCGGCCUCGGAGCGGGUCCGCUCCCCGGAGGGCCCCGUCAGUGACGAUCGACCCCCGCCCUCCAGGCGGCCGGCUUCGGCGGAGGGGAUGACCCCACCGGGCGGUCGCGUGGGCUCCCUCUGCGGACCCGGAAGACAGCUCCAGAUCGACCGCCUCUCCCACCCCGCCAUUUCGGACUCCGGCACUCGGCCCGGGAAGGGUCCAGAGCCUCAAGAUGGUGGGCGGGAGGGGGCAGCGAGCCCCGUCCCAUCUCCCCGAAAUGCAAAUGCCCUGUCAACCUAA